GUGAUUGACGCCGAUGGCCAACCAAAACUAAAAUUUCAAUUUUGGCGACUUUUUCUUCGUCUCACACCAGACAGACUCUACCGACGUCUCUCUCUCUUCUUUUCUCUGUUUCUCUCUACGAUUUUGGUUGAGUAAUUAUGAAGGAUGCUUGUUUUUGUUUGAGGGGAAUUCAGAUCCAUCUAAUAAUGCCAGUAGUAUUUAUGAAGUUGACAAUUUUGUAGAAUUAUAUAAUUGAGAGAGAGAAUGUCGGGAGGUACACAGAACAGCUUGAGGAAGGCACUUGGAGCUAUUAAGGAUUCCACCACUGUCAAUUUGGCCAAAGUUAAUAGUGAUUACAAGGAGUUGGAUAUUGCAAUUGUUAAGUCCACAAAUCAUGUUGAGCGCCCAGCGAAAGAAAAACACAUAAGAGCUAUUUUUGCUGCUAUUUCAGCUACGAGGCCUCGAGCGGAUGUAGCUUAUUGCAUACAUGCUUUGGCUAGACGAUUGUCAAAGACACAUAAUUGGGCGGUUGCAUUGAAAACUUUAAUUGUUAUUCAUCGUGCUUUGAGGGAAGUGGACCCCACAUUUCAUGAAGAACUAAUCAAUUAUGGAAGGAGUAGAAGCCAUAUGCUCAACUUGGCCCAUUUCAAAGAUGAUUCCAGUCCCAAUGCAUGGGAUUAUUCUGCUUGGGUUCGCACUUAUGCCUUAUUUAUAGAAGAGAGGUUGGAAUGUUUUCGUGUAUUGAAGUACGAUGUUGAGACCGACCGCCCUAGAACUAAAGAUUUGGACACUCCAGAAUUGCUUGAGCAGUUACCAGCUUUGCAGCAGCUUCUUUUUCGUGUCCUUGGUUGCCAGCCACAAGGAGCAGCAGUUCAUAAUUUUGUGAUUCAAUUGGCACUUUCCAUGGUUGCUUCUGAAAGCAUUAAAAUUUAUAAUGCUAUCAGUGAUGGUACUAUCAAUUUGGUUGACAAGUUCUUUGAGAUGCAACGCCAUGAUGCUCUCAAGGCUUUGGAUAUAUAUCGGAGGGCAGGGCAACAGGCAGAGAAGCUGUCAGAAUUUUAUGAAAUAUGUAAAAACCUUGACAUUGGACGUGGAGAAAGAUUUGUUAAGAUUGAGCAGCCACCUGCAUCAUUUAUGCAAGCAAUGGAAGAGUAUGUGAGAGAAGCUCCACGAGCUUCAACAGUUCGUAAGGAUCAGGUGACUGAUGAUAAGGACGGUGCUCCUAAGAUAAACUUAGCCAUAGAGUACAAAAAAAGUCCAGAGGUACAGGAGGCAAAUCUGCCAUCCCCACCUCCACCUGAACCAGAACCAGUUAAGGUGGAAGCUCCUGUUUCUGGGCCACCCGAUCUACUGGGUUUGAAUGAUCCUGUUCCAGGUGCUUCAGAAUUAGAUGAGAAGAAUGCUGUGGCAUUGGCUAUUGUGCCUGUUGCCGAUCAAUCAACUCCGGCUGGCCCAAAUCCUGCAAAUGGAACUACAGGCUGGGAAUUGGCCCUUGUUACUGCUCCUAGCUUGAACAAGAAUGCCACAGCUGCUAGCAAUCUGGGGGGAGGCCUAGACAUACUUACACUAGACAGCCUAUAUGAUGAUGCAAUAAGGAGAAGCAACCAGAAUGUGAGCUAUAACCCUUGGGAGCAGCCAGUCCCAAUGGCCAGUCCCAUGAUGUCACAAACAGCACACGACCCAUUCUUUGCCUCCAAUGCCAUGGCUGCCCCACCUUCUGUGCAAAUGGCAUCCAUGGCUAACCAGCAGCAAGCUUUCAUGUUCCAACAGCAGCAACAGCAGAUGAUGAUGAUGGCCCCACAGCAACAACAGCCUGUAAAUCCAUUUGGCAAUGCAUAUGGAGCCGGUAUCCACCCCUAUGGCUCAGGUAUGCCUGUCCAAGCGUACAAUCCAUACAACACGGGACUCAUUUAGACACCAUGCACAGAAAACCUGUUUUUUUUAAUUUUUUGAUAAGCAUCAAGAUUGGUGAAAUUUGAAAGAUUGACAAGACAAGACAUGCGUAACAAUAUCCUAUGCAAGUGGAGAAGCUAGGAUGAGAUUAUUUGUUCAAUAAGUAGGUUGAGAGGCGGGCUUUGCAUAGUUGAUUAUUUAUAUCAAUGAAGGUGGUAUAAUAAUGUUCAGUGACUACAUGAAAUUUUUUGACCUGCUUAUUUGUACUUGGCGCUGAAGCAGGAUUCUCAUUCUUAUUUAUUUAUUUAUUUAUCCUUUUUUUGGUUUAUCAAGACAUUACUUUAAAUGUACAAACCAUUUGUAUUUUUUCUGUGAUUAUUUUGUACACAUUUGGUGUAUUGUGGAUACAAUGUUUGAUUAGUGAUUCUUGGUUGUACAUGGUAUAUUGAUGCUACCACACAUUCUUACUGUAUAAUAAUUUGAUUAUUGGGUAUUA